AUGUCUACUAAUAUUACAAAUUAUGGGGGUACUUUUGAUUGUGGUACAAAUAAUAUUUCUAUAUAUGAAUAUCCUAAUGCGAGCUUUGGAGGUUUAAAAAAUGCCUAUUACUGUGGUUUGUCAUAUUCGUAUUUUACCAUGUUUCAUUCCAACGUUAGCGAUGUAGCUAAUUCUACUGCUAUUAUUAUUCCAUUAAAUUCUACAUCUAUUCAAUUUAUUUGUAACGCAAAUUUUACUACUCAGACAUCAAUUGUUAGUAUUUCUCCAAAUAUCGAAAACAAUAAUUUGUUUCCAUUGGACAACGCUUAUGGUUGUGGUCAAACUUAUUAUUCAUCCUAUCCAGCUGAUAAAUCCAAGAAAAACAGUGCUGGUCUCUUGAAAAAUAAUUAUAAAAAAAUGCUAUGUUUAUUAUUUUUAUUGUAUUUUAUUUCAUUUUAA